AGCCCAACCGCCGCCAUUUAUGAAUAUUGAUGUUGCACGCAUUGCCCAAGGCGAUUAAAUGGCAUUUUCUGGCCAGGUCAAUGAUGCCAGGAGGCAAACUGAAACAACAGCUGGGAGAUGUCGAAGCCGCCAUGCACGGGAGUCAUCAAACCCGUGCCCAUCUACCAGAAGCUUAUGAUCGAGAACCUGACCAUCGUUCGGCCCCCAAUCCUGAAGAUUUACUACUGGGAAAGCUUCGACAUAUUAGGUUGGAACAAGAAACUAAAGUCGAAUCGCCAGGAGCAUGAGCACACAAUCGUCCUACCCAUACGCCACAUCAAGAGUCCACCACAGAAGAUUGUCUUCUGGCUGCGCAAUCUCUCCUCGAAGCCGGUGACGCUGACGUUGAAGCGCAUACAGAACUGCUGCUGCCGGCCGGUGCUGACGCGCGUGGGCUUCAAUCAGUUCCGGCAGCUCUUCCACUGCAAACAUCGCAAAUUGUUGCACAUGCACCAGGAGGUGCUGACCAUCAAGCCCGACGAAGUGGUGGCCCUCUCAGUGACGGCCUACUUUCAGAUAUACGGCAUGCAUUUGCUCACCUACGAAGUGCACACCGAUGACAAUCGCAAAUUCAUGUGGCACUUUAAGCUGGAAAUCUCCGAACUGGACCCCGAAAAGUGUCUGCUGACCAAGGAGCUGCUGCCGGUGAAUAUCAAGAACUACUACCACAUCACACAGCCCAUUUGGGUGCAGAACUUCACCAAUCAGCACCUCAACUUCUCGUUCUCCACGCGAGACCGCGGCCUGAAGCUGCUCAACACGAAUCUCACGGUGCCCCGGCAGAGUGUGUGGCCCCUGCUGGUCGACUACCGGCCCAUGGACUAUGAGAACGAGGUGGAAGUGAUGCUGGGGUAUGAGACUGCCAAGGCCUGGUACAAGAUCAAGGGGCGCGGCGUGCUAGCCGACGAGGAGGAGGAGACGGAUAUGCCGCUUAAGGAUCGCGAAUGUGCCGACUUUCUCUACGUUAUUUAUCCCAAUCGGGUGACCUUCGACGUCUGCAUGAAGGAGGAUCGCACGCAGCUGGUGAAUGUCCACAAUCACGGGCAGAAGUGCGUCGAAUUUCGAUGGCAAAACUACAUCAUCAGUGACUUCUUUUCGGUGGCCUUCUCGCCGUCCUUGUUCCGCCUCAAGGGUCACCACUCCAAGCUGGUGGAGGUGAAGGUCACGGCCUACGAUCGCCUGGUCAACUUUCGCCGCAUUCCCAUCGUCCUGGAGGUGCACCGCAUCCUCGAUCAGGCCACGCUGAUAGCCAAGCGAGAGCUGGAGGAGAUCGAGUCCAUAGACGAUCCCAAAUGGAAGGAGGAUAGCUACAUAAUGCAUUCCUAUCUGCAUCUCAACAUCCGCUCGACUCUCAAGACCCCCCAGGAGACGGAUGACGACGAGGCGGGCGACACCGCAGCCGAACGCUCGCCCUGCGGCGGUAGGGGAAUUGACACCACGGCCGAGGCAGGUGGCGACAACCCUGUCACCGAGGAGCAGCGCAAGGAGACGGAGCGACGGGAGCUGGUCAAGCGGCUGGCCGCCAAGCAGAAGCUCACGCCCAACGAGAUCAUCGAGCUGACAAUGGCCAUCGACCAUCGCAACACCAUCUUCGAGAAGCUCUUCUGGAAGUAUCUCUGCAAGUCGAACUUCAUGCGCAUCUUCCCGGACCGCAAGCGCCACAAGCACACCAAAACCUACGAGGAGGUGGUGUCCAUCAAAACGGAUUCUCCGCCAGAGAUUGGCGUCGAGGGUGAUCGCAACACCAUUAUGGAGAUUCUAUCGCGCCUCAUGCAGGAAUCCAUCAAUGAUUUGGCCAAGAACUGGGUCUUCAUUCCCUCGCAGUACUACGAGCGCAAUAUUUAAGUGUUUUCGUUUGCUCUAUAAAUGCAUUGCAUAAGCAUUUCCUCCACU